GCCCGGUCCACAUACCGCGACCUUAAAAUGGCGAGUCGGGGUACAGUCUCCGGGAGAUAGAGGCAUCGGAUGGGAGACUGAUCUUCCAAGUUCCCUGCGCUUCUGAGUCUUGGCGCUCCUCUCGCCAGGCGUCACACGCUCCCGACCCGGCCUCUGCAGUGGCGCAGGCGCUGAGAGCUUUCUUCCCAGAGUAGCCCGGAGGCGUGGCGACUUCUGAGUCUAGUGAGGAAGAGGGAAGUGGCGUCCGCGGAGGCCAGAGCCGCGUGAAGAGUUCGUUGACAUUUGAAGACGUGGCUGUGCAUUUUUCUGAAGAAGAAUGGAAAUUACUGGCCCCUACUCAGAAGACCCUCUACAAUGAAGUAAUGCAGGAAAACUAUGAGACUGUCAUCUCUCUAGGGUUAAAGCUCAAAAAUGACACUGGAAAUGACCCACCUAUGUCUACUUCUACAUUAGAAAUACAAACAUCAGGAUGCAAAGUAUUAAGAAAGGCCAGAAUGAAAGUUGCCCAGAAAACAACGGACAAAGAAAAUCAUGGUGGUACACAUAAGGUACGGAAACGGCCUCGAGCUUUUCUGGUGAAGAAGAGAAAGAAACUUUCAACUUGUAAGCAAGAGCUUCCAAAACAUAUGGAUCUUCACGGGAAAGGCCAUGCAGGAGAGAAACCUUUUAAAUGUCAGGAAUGUGGGAAAGGCUUCAGAGUCAGCUCUGACCUAAUUAAGCAUCAGAGAAUUCACACUGAAGAGAAACCCUAUAAAUGUCAACAGUGUGAUAAGAGGUUUAGAUGGAGUUCAGAUUUAAAUAAGCACUUAAUGGCACACCAAGGAAUAAAACCAUAUAGAUGCUCAUGGUGUGGGAAAAGCUUUAGUCAUAACACAAAUCUACACACACACCUAAGAAUUCACACAGGAGAGAAGCCCUUUAAAUGUCAUGAAUGUGGAAAAAGAUUCAUUCAGAACUCACACCUUAUUAAACACCAAAGAACCCACACAGGUGAGCAGCCUUAUUCCUGUAGCAUAUGUAGGAGAAACUUCAGCAGGCGGUCAAGCCUUCUUAGACACCAAAAGCUCCACGGGAGAAAGGAAUCAUGUCCAGAAUCUCCAGUCUGAAGAAAGUCACCAUAUGGAGCUUGACCCUAGAGGCAAUAAAAGAAUACAAAAUCAUGAGGCACCUAGGAUUCUAUCAUUAACAGAAAAUUUGGGAGGGGUACAUGUCAUGCUUCACAUAAAGGAAUCUAAGUUGUCUCUCUUAUUCAGCAUUGUGUCUUUAGUGCCUAGCACAAGACUGAUAACAUAAUGGGUACUUUUUAAAUAAAAGAAUGAAAAUAUAGCAAUCAUA